UAAUUUUAGCAUGGGUUUUGGGCUGGCUGAUGUGUAAAACUGUACCCUACAUCCAAGGAGUUUCGGUGGCGGCAUCUGUCUACAGCCUCAUUGCAGUUUCGAUGGAUCGCAAAACCCUCGCUGGGUUUGUAAAUAGAAAAUUAUUCGUUUACUAUAAUGGAUUCAACUCAAACUAUUUUGUGGCUAAAUCUGGAGUUCCUCAAGGAUCUAAUUUAGGCCCUCUUUUGUUUAAUCUUUUUAUUAAUGAUUUAUCUUUAUCCCUCUCUUGUCAUCACCUACUUUUUGCUGAUAAAACUUUUUCACAAUAUAUCCAGUACACAAGAUAA